ACUAUAGAAACCCGCCCCUUUGUUCUUCCGCCCUUCCCACCUUAUCUUUAUUCCCUGCUUGUCCUUUACAACUUUUUAUGGAUCCCGCUUUCUCUUUUUCCCAAGUGGACGAGUUCCCUUCACAAACAGAUGAAUACACACAAAUUCUGACAGAACUUCACACCGAAUACUGCCGUGACCAGCCUCUUGAUGUUCUCCAAUAUUGUGCAAACUUCUUUAACCAAAGACUCCAAGAACAACGUGCUUCUUUACGACAGCGACUUCCUCGUGGCUUUGAAGCCAAUGAACUUCAUCCUCUUUCCGGUCAACAUCAGGAAUUCCCUGGUCAGAUUUCUGAUAAUGAUGAUGACAAAGAUAAUGAUUUUGAGACUCUUGAUGAUUCUGAUGAUGAAGAGCGUGAUGAAUUCUCGGGUGAACUUAUUCCUAUGAUGCCUCCCUCUUAUGGCCGUGACCGUCGCACUUCCGUCAGUGCCGAGUCAAUGGCACCUACUCAGGGACGCGAUUUUGUCAAGACGGUGAUUCCAAAAAGUCCUGAGCAGUGUGCCAGAAUUCGCGAAAGUGUUGAAAACAAUUUCCUAUUCCGCAAUCUCGAUGAGGAACAAUACCAGGACGUAGUGGAUGCCAUGGCCGAGAAACGCUUGCCAUCCAAGGAGCACGUGAUUGAACAGGGUGCAGUGGGAGACUACUUUUAUGUGGUAGAACAGGGAACUCUGGAUUGUUACAUCGCAAAGGGAGACGCUGAGCCAGUAAAGGUGACAAAUUACGAGGCAGGCGGAAGUUUCGGUGAGCUUGCCUUGAUGUACAAUGCACCCAGAGCUGCGACGAUUAUCGCAACUUCGGAUGUCGUACUCUGGGCAUUAGACCGAGUCACCUUUAGAACCAUUUUGAUGGAAAACACAUCGAGAAAGAGACGCAUGUACGAAACCUUCCUCGAAGAAAUUGACUUGCUCAAGUCGCUCGAAUCUUAUGAGCGCUACAAGAUUGCUGAUGCGCUAGAGUCAGUGUACUUUGAGGAAGGUCAACAGGUUGUUGUUCAGGGUGAUGUGGGCGAUCAAUUUUAUCUCAUCGAGACAGGUGAAGCAGUAUUCUACAAAACAGACUCACAAGGAAACACACGUGAAGUCAAUCGUUAUGGAAGAGGGUGUUUCUUUGGAGAACUCGCUCUUUUGAACGACAGUCCGCGUGCUGUGACCGUAGUAGCAAACUCACGUUUGAAAUGCGCUACCCUUGGUAAAAAAGCAUUCACGCGCCUGCUUGGUCCUGUACUUGAUAUCCUGAAGCGCAACUCUGAAAACUACCAUACCAUCAUCAACAAACAAUCCCAGUAGUAAUAUCCAUUGCAUAAUAUUUUAAUGCUCUCUCAAUUAGAUGACUUUCCUCCCUAUCUCUCUCUCUCUCUUUCGUGUGAUAGUCAAUACUCGUCCAUUAUUUCUGGGUGGUGAAGAAUGAGGAUAAAUAGUCCUCUUGCUUCUUAUCAUAAACCAAUAUGCCCACCUUUUUCUUGUCAAAUAUAUCUCUAUUUUUGUUCUUUAC